GGGAAGGGAAUGGGCGCGGACAAAGCCGCGUAACGCCGCGCAGGUAGGCGGGCGGGGCCGGGCGGGGUGUCCCAGCGCCGUGCCCGGGACGGGCAUUACCCAAAGAGAAGGAGGGAGGGAUACAAAAAAAAAAAAAAGGUAAUUAAAGUCGCCGCUGCCGCGCGCGGUCCCACCCUCCCCACCGGCCGGCUCCUCUGCCAGACGGGAGGGGACCGAGGGAGACGGCUUUCCGCGCAGACACACCGCCGCCGCCGAGCACUCCUCGCCCCGCCGCGCAGCGCAGCGCAGCCCAGCAUGGCCCCCGCCGUCCCCAGCCUCGUCCUCGGCCUCCUGGUAUUGAGUUUAUGCUGUGAUGCUUGCAAGAAAGUCAUUUUUCAUGUUCCUUCUGCAUUAGAGGCUGGCACAUUAGUUGGCAGAGUUAAUUUGAACGAGUGCCUUCAGUCUGCAGAACGUAUCAGUUCCAGUGAUGGGAACUUCAAAGUUCUGGAAGAUGGCUCUGUAUAUACCACAUCUGCUGUUUCUUUCUCUGAUGAGAAAAGGACUUUUACCAUAUUACUUAAAGAUAUUCAAAAACAUGUAGAAAAGAAAAUACAUGUUGAUUUGGUGACAGAUGAAAAAAAGACCCAGGCACAGAAGACCAGGCAGGCUAGAGAUACAGUUCUAAAGCGAACCAAAAGAAGGUGGGGCCCUAUUCCAUCUGUUAUGAUGGAGAACUCACUUGGACCUUUCCCACUACAAAUUCAACAGGUCCAGUCAGACACUGCUCAGAACUACACCAUUUAUUAUUCUGCAAGUGGACCGGGAAUUGAUCAAGAUCCAAAGGGUUUGUUUUACAUAGAAAGAGAAACUGGAAAUAUCUUUGCUACUCGUGCAGUAGACCGUGAACAGUAUCCAAGCUUCCAGAUCAUUUGCUUUGCAAGCACUCCAGAUGGUUAUUCACCAGAGGUACCACUUGUGCAUACAAUCAGGAUAGAGGAUGACAAUGAUAAUGCUCCAUAUUUUACACAGGACGUCUUUGAGUUUUGUGUCCCUGAGAACUCCAAGCCUGGUGUAAUUGUUGGAACAGUGACUGCAGAAGACAGAGAUGAGCCUUUCACUCUGCAUACUCUGUUGAGAUACCGCAUUGUGUCACAAAACCCACCAAUAAUCCCAGCAUUUUCAUUACAUGGUGAAACAGGUGUCAUUACUGUACUGUCACCACAGCUGGAUCGGGAGCUGGUGUCCACAUACACUUUACUUAUUGAAGUGAGAGAUAUGGGAGGUCAACCUUUUGGUUUGUGCACUACAGGAACAGCUGUCAUUAAAAUUGAAGAUACAAAUGACAAUGCACCAACUUUUAAACAGAUACAAUAUGAAACACAAGUGGAGGAAAACAAAGUGAAUGUAGAAAUACUGAGAGUUUCUGUUCUUGAUCUUGAUGAACUUGGUGCACCUGGCUCCACAGCUGUAUAUGAAAUUAUAAGAGGAAAUGAUGAUCGUUCUUUUGAAAUUACAACAGACAGAAACACAAAUGAAGGAAUACUCUGUGUUGUUAAGGGUCUGGACUAUGAAGGCGCCAAGCAAAGGAUCCUUGUGAUUGCGGUCAACAAUGAGGCACCCUACAUGCUGGCACCACAUUCACAACAAGUUGUCCAGAGCACCAGCACUGUUGUAGUGAAUGUCUUAGAUGUGGAUGAGGGGCCCGUGUUUAAACCCUGUUUCUUCCGCAUGGACGCUAGCGAAUGUGAUGAGGUUGGGACAAGUAUUGGGAAAUACCUAGCAGAAGAUCCAGAAACUGGAAAUAGUGAAGGCAUCUGCUACAAGAUAGCACCUGGACAGUGUAAUUGGAUCAACAUAGAUGAAAAAUCAGGUGAAGUCAGAACCAUUAAAGCCUUGGACCGAGAUCUAGGAGAAAUGAAACGAGGUCAAUGCAAUAUCACAGUCCUCGCAAUAGACAGAAAUGGCAAAACAGGCACAGGAACUCUGCAAGUUGUCAUCCAGCCUUGCAACAGGAAUUUUCCACGAAUAAUUAAAACUGAUUAUAUAAUGUGCAGAGACAGAAAACCUAUCUGCCUCACUGCAGAGGAUGGUGAUAUUGCUUCUUACAGCAUGCCUUUUGUAUAUCGCGUGACUGACCGUAACUUGGCUUCCUCAUGGAAGAUAACACGACACAACGAGAAGUCUGUGUAUCUUUCACCAAGGGGUGAUAUUCCAUUUGGAAUAUACACUAUUCCUGUAACUGUGUCUGAUAGAUCAGGAAAGCAAGGAGUCACCCAAAUAAGAGUUAACUACUGUAACUGUGUUGUUCCAAGUGAAUGUGAAAGGAUGGCUUUUGCCUCCAGCAGUGUUACUCUUGGUGUAUGGGCCAUCCUUGCUAUGAUCUUAGGAUCAUUACUCUUGCUGUUAAUCCUGAUUACAAUCUGUGGUUGUUGUGGCUCUGGGGUAAUGCGCAGGCAUGUGACUGACGAUUGUGCCAAUCACAACUUAAUCAUUUCAAAUACAGAAGCUCCAGGAGAAGAAGUGAUGGAUCACAAUAUAAUUCCUCUACAAAAUACAACUGAUCAAGUAGGAUGUGGAAUAAAAACAGGAGAUCAACAAACAUUUGAAAUGGUAAAAGGAAGAGGUCAUACCCUGGAAUCAGUCAGGGGAGGUGGACAUCAGACUCUGGGAUCAGUCAAAGAAGGAGGAGGAGGACAACCUGUGAUGGACACAUGUAGAUACUCUUACUCAGAAUGGCAUAAUUUCACACACCCUCGUUUAGGUGAAAAGGUGCACCUAUGCAGACAGGAUGAAGAACAGAAGCAUUCUGAAGAUUAUCUCCUUACAUAUAACUAUGAAGGAAAAGGAUCCUUGGCUGGUUCUGUAGGCUGCUGCAGUGAUCAGCAUGAAGAAGAGGCACUUGACUUCUUAGAUCAGCUGGAACCUAAGUUUAGGACAUUGGCAGAAACAUGUGUUAAAAGAUAAAUGUGCCUUUCGCAGUGCUGAAAAAAAACCUGUAAAUAAGUCCUACUUUUGUGAUACUGGGUAUUUUGGAAUUGAAUGCAACAGAUUCUUCCACUGUUUGUUUUCUGGGGGAGAGGUUUAUCAAAACUAAUUUAGAGUGGUGAGAGUGUAAGUAACUCUUACGUUAAAUGUAUAGUAGAUUUUUUUAGUCUCUACUAUACACAUUCCAUCAAAAGUAAGGGAUUCAAACCAUUUUUUCUUUAGACUAUGUUCAUAUAGUAAUGCUAGUUUCUUUUUAGAUUACAUUUUCUGUUCUUUGUGAUUGCUUAAAAUGCAGAACUUAGUGCUGUUUAUGAUUGAUUCAGCCUCAAAAUUUUACUGUAUUUGGCUUUGGAGAAGGAAAGCUUUUUUCACUCACUGUUUCUUUGUUUUCUUUUAAUUCUGUAGAAAUAAAACCAAAAAUAUUACUGGUGGAUAUCAAAUACCUUGUUAAUUUUCAACAUAGAUGAAUGAAAUGUAUAUGAGAUAUUUCUCAUUUUUCACACAAAAAAUAACCAAUGAUUACAUUAUAAAAUUUUAUAUUUUGAUUGAAAAUUAAAUAUAUAUAUAUUGUAUAUAUGUAAAAUAUUAUUCAAAAAUAUAUUUUUCUCCUAAUGGGUUGCUACCCAUCAAACUUGCUAUCCUAAGGGAUUUAUGGCAUCAACACAUAGGAUAUCAGCAUUGUAUGCGAGUAUAUAUUUUUCUUAUAAGGAAAUGAGAGAUGAAAAAAAUCAAGAAACAGGGGUAACUAUUGUACUUUACAUGAAUACAAGACAAAUCUCAUGUUUACUUGACAUAAGUUUGUACCUCAGUUUCUUGUGAGUUUUAACAUGGUAUCAUUACAGAAAUGAACAUUGCCAAGAGUUUUGUCCAGCAUAGCUACCACUACCUUUUUUACUUCUUUAGCUGCGGAUGUCAUGAGACUUUCUUUCCAUAAGUAGAACUGACAGAAGAUAGAGCCCAAAUGGAUUGAGCAUGUACUGCAUAAUAACAUGUUUCAAAGAUAGCUCUAUUUGAGACACAUAAAUAACACCAGGAUAAAACGUCUCUUUUAAGCAUAUUAUGUGGUGGUUGUAGAGGUAUGCAUUUUCACAGAUCUCUGGCAGAAAUCAUCUGAAUCCCAUUUGUUGUUUUACUAGAUCAAGCAUACAUAUACACUAUAUAUAUAUACAAAACUCUGUAAUAUGUAUUGCAAAUGACAGUAGUGUGACCUGAUUAUUGUCAUAAGCUAUUUCUGGAAUUCAGCCUCUGCUUCCCAAGUUUUGUAUGUUUUUAAUAUUUGCACUCCUGGUUAAGUACUCCAUCCUCUGCACUCUGGGAAUUCUCUUGUGCCUUAAAAGAACGUCUUCCUGCCUAUGAGAAAGACAAACUUGUGCAAUCACUUAUUUCUGUAUCUGUAUUUCUGCUUUUAGGAUUUGCUUUGUAAACGUAAGCCUUUGGGAGAUACUCGUAAAAAUUUACUGUAGCUUAUUCUGUGUAAGACGAAUUAUUUUGUAACAACAAAGAGUCUCGCUACCCUCAAGUUCAGUGCACAGCUGUUGCUGACUUCCAGUGAUUGAAGUUGAUUCCAGAUUAUAGUCAGUGAAAACCCGUAACAGUAUAAAAAGUUAGUUAUAUUAAAACCUUCUUCCUUACACUGUAAAUGGGCUUAUGGUAAGAUAAAUCGUGGUUAUUAACGUUAAAUGUAUUUUAUUUUAUUAUUUGAAACUGGAAAUGAACUACUUUCACUGCCAGCGAGUGGUAAGAGUGAUGGUCACCAAGAGCAAAAUUUUAGAUGAGAAAUAAGGUGUUCUAACUUACAUUCUGAAAAAAUAUUAACACUAUUUCCAUGGACACUAUUCUUUAUCACUAACAUAAAUGAGUUUUGCUGUAUGUUUAGGCAGACCUGUGGCUGGUGCAAGUCAGGAUGGCCUUGCUGAUGUCAGUGGAGCUGUGCUGAUUCAUUCUGGGUGAAGAUCUGUCCCCUACUGAUUUCCUUAGUUCUUUCUUGUCUUGUAUCUUCAGUUAUUGGCUAUACACUUUUUAAGGUAAUGUUGAUAUCCUUUUUUCUCCCUUUUUAUUAUUAUUAUUUUUUUAGUUAUAAACAUUGUGUAAUUCAGAAGGACCUAAGAUAAAUAACAGAAAUGCACUCCUUUUGAAAAUUAUUUGGGGGUGGUAUAGAGAAACCUCUAGAAAUACGGUUUCUUUCCUUAUACUAGUAGUGCUAUUUGAAAGGAAUAGACUACAUUAAUUUGAGCUUUAACGGGCUAUUUUAAGUAGAUGAUUGCCAGCUUUCCAGCUCUGGAGUUGCAGUAAUUUAUUGAAAGCAAAAUAAUGUUUUCUACUGGAAUUUACAUUAGAUAUAUUUUCUUUUUUUUCUUUUACAUUUCAACAAUCAUAAUUAGUUAUAUUCAUUUUUUGUCCAUUUUUAAACAAAGCACAAAGUUGGAAUAACCCACUUGUCUGUCUUAAAAAUUAAUUACCUAUUUUUGUAAAACUAAGAGUAGAAAGGUAAUUGAGAUGCUUUAAAAAGUGAGCUGUAAAAAUACUUUCUGUGUUAUCUUCUAAUCAUGUGAAUGGAAACUUGGCAUAAAUCAUUACAGUUUAUAAAUCCUAAGUACCAAAUAAGAUUUGUAUAAAACUUACAUUUUGAAAUAUUUCACUUGUAUGAUUCACUGUUUGUUGUCUUGAAUCACCUUAAAAAUUGUGAAAAUUUGUUCUCUUCAACUAGAUCACAUCCAAAUCAUCUAGUUGUGUAAACAAUAUCUUAACAUCAUGUUCUAGGAAUAUUUUGUACAACAGUGAUUAAUAAUUUUUUUCAAAAUAAAAGGAACUUCUACAAAAA